UGGUUAAACGGUCUAUCGUGAUUUCGCCGGUCGAAGUUUAUCGCUGCCUUACUUAGUAUUUAUAUAUAAAGUACAGGGUAAUUUAACUUAGGUGCAUAGUUUGUUUCAUAAUCGCAACCGAGGCGCAUUUCCAAAGUAAGUACUGCGAACCAGACAAAAUGUCGUUCGGUGUUAUUUCAACUUUAACUCUACUGAUAUUCGUGGUCGCGGCCCAAGAACAGUAUUCUACCAAGUACGAUGGAAUCGAUAUUGACGAGAUUCUAAAAUCGGAGCGCUUGUUCAACAACUACUACAAAUGCCUGAUGGACGACGGUCCGUGCACUCCGGACGGCAAAGAGCUAAAGCGCCUUCUCCCGGAAGCUCUUCAGACCAACUGCGAGAAGUGCACGGAGUCACAGCACGCGGGCGCUCUCAAGGUCAUCAAUUACUUGAUCCAGAACCGUCCGGAGCAGUGGAAAAAUCUGCAAGCUAAAUACGAUCCGGAGAACAUUUAUCUGGAGAAGUACCGCGAGGAGGCGGCCCAGAGUGGAAUCACCAUUUAAUCAAGCUUGAUUUGCCUCGCCCCGUGGUUGAGCAAAUGAUAUGGAAUGAGUGUUCGAAUUAGUUUACAAAUAGUGAUAAAAACAACACCGAUAAAAAACAGCCCGCGAAAAUAGAAACACCAAUAGUUGAGGGAUUCCCGAAAUUGAAUCACGUGUCGGUUGCUCGAAAAAAAAGUGCAGCGUAAAAGUCAUCAGAACAAAUUGAUUUAAACAAUUGGAGUUUUUUUUUCUUAAUAAUUAGUGAUGAAACUAGCAGAAUAUGAGAGCUGAAGUGCAACUGUGAUGAAUAUAUAUGAGGAUGAUUUCCCUCACAGGUAAAACGAAAAUAAAAUGAAGUUGUGUUUUGUUGUUUUAUAAACCUUUGAACCUUUGAAACAACUAGGGCACUUAUUUUGAAUUGAUAAUUCAAAUUUAAAUUCAAAAACCAUAAAUAAUGGGAUGGGGUUUAAUUUCAGUCAUUCCAGGUAUAAAAAGUUUAAUUUCGGUACCGAUCAGAUUAAUAAAAACCCACC